AUGGCGGACGCGAGGGAGCAAGAAAAUAUAGCUCAAGAAAACAUACUCCCUCAAAGCACAUCGUUUGCAUCGGUUGUUCCAAUGAUGGAGCAACUGAGGCGACAGAAAGGCCCGGUAGAUAUUUUCCCAGGGCUUCCUCAGUCGCCAAGACCUCCACAGCAAAUAAAAAUUGAACGUAUAAUGGAAAGUUGUGUUUUUAAAUCUGUUUUGGCCGGCGUCAUGGGUUCUUUCCUGGGGGCGGGUUUUGGUCUAUUCACAGCUGGUUUGGACACAUCAAUGCCCAUUGGUAGUAUUUCAGGACAAGCCGAUACUUCUGCCAGAGCAGCCUUACGUGAAAUGGGGAAAAGAGCCUCCUCUUAUGGCAAGAAUUUUGGUGUUGUGGGUGCAAUGUUUUCUGGAACAGAAUGUGUGGUUGAAUCGUAUCGUGGUAAGAGUGAUUGGAAGAAUGGAACAUUAUCAGGGUGUAUAACAGGUGGAGCUAUAGGUCUCAGAGCUGGUGGAAAGGCUGCAUUGUUUGGUUGUGCUGGAUUUGCAGCAUUCUCGACUGCUAUUGAUUAUUAUCUCAGGUGACAUAUGUUUCCAAAACGUCUCGAAGAGUUGUGGUCAAUUCAGGUACGCAUCACAUGAAAAUGGCCGCGCCUGGUCGAUGUUGAAGAUCAGUACUGAAUAAAGCUAUACCAGAUAUUAAACUAAUACUACUGGGUGUCCCAGAAAAAAGUACUCCGGUUUGAUUCAUAAUAG